CCGGGGGAAACACACACGGGCAAUUUUUCCCCCAACGGUGACAUCAUUUCUUUUACAAGCUCUCCCAUCUUUUUCGGCUCCGCCCAGAUAAAACCCAUUUAUCCAUCCCCAACAUUGCUCAAUUACCCCGUCACAUCAGAACCAGCAUGUCUGACAGCGAGAUCCCCAAGCCAGUGGCACCCGCCGAGUCUAUCACUCAACCACCAGCCCAUGUCCUGGACAGCAUAGCCCACAAGGAACCUGGUAUGUUGGACAGAGCGAGAGAGACCGUCAUGCCGCUCCUUAACCAGGUCCAAGAGGCUUCCAAGCCUUACCUGGAGAAAGCUAAACCUUACACCGACGCUGCUAUUGCGAAGGGUCAUCAACUGGUCGAUAAGCUUGAUGCCGCUGCUGGACUUCCUCCGCAAUCUCACGCUCAAUCUACGGCUCCCGGGGCUCCAGUAGCAGCUGCGCCGUCCACUACCGCCACUGCUACCUCGACAGAUACCACCACAACUCACCCGAGAGAUCUCGGUACCGCUGCGUCCACCGUCACUGCUGGACUGGGCGCCCAAGCCCAAGCUCACGGUGUACCGGCCACCGCGGCCGAAGCGGGUGAAAAGGUCAAGGCUGUAUUCGGACAGAUUUCAUCCACAGUCACUAACACGUUCAACUCGGUCACUCACACCAUCAAUGAGAAGACUGCAUCGGGUGACAAACCUGGUAUCUUAACGCAGGUCGCCGACUUUGCCGAAAAGAGUCUAGACAAGGUCGACUCAUACCUCAACCAAGCCGAUCCCAGCUUCCGUCCCGUUCAAACGACAACCAACACUGUGCCACAUGUCGAGGUCCCGUCCGCUACCCCAACAACUGGGGCAGGCGUUUCAGGCUCUGUGCCGCCGUCUCAAUAGGUCAGCCACAAUAAGUG